UCUUUAGUGUUGCGGACCAGCUGACUGCGCAGUGACUAGUGCGACGGAGUGCUAGCAUCUUUUUGUUGAGGAAAAUUGCGUGACCGGUUUGCGGGGUUUUAAAUAUAUAUUUUUGGAAGUAAACAAUGGCUGAGACUGAUCCCAAGUCAGUUCAGGACCUUACAAACGUGGUCCAGACUUUGCUGCAGCAGAUGCAAGACAAGUUCCAGACCAUGUCAGACCAGAUCAUCGGGAGAAUUGAUGAGAUGAGCACACGGAUAGAUGACUUGGAGAAGAACAUUGCUGACCUGAUGACCCAGGCUGGCGUGGAGGAAAACGAGGCAACACCUGAAAAGCCAAAAGAGGGUCAGGGAUCCUCGUGAAGGUUCCAAGAGGCAGGCAGAUUGAUGCUACAGUAUGUACUGGUGCAGUGGUGUUCCAACCCCGAAGAUGACGUGGAUUUGAUGUUUGUGAUUUUUUUUUUAAAUAUAUAUAUACACUGACUAUUGUGACAAAUGGUUAUACUAUGUAUUUGUUUCUUUUGUGGAAUGUUGGUCAGGUAGAAUAGCGUGGUUUGCUUGUUAGAAGUUUAGAAUGCUUUUGUGCACAAAUACAAAUGGGUUUUGUGCACCGACCCGGGUGUUGUCCUGUAUCAUAGCGGAUUCUUAAGUGCUGGUUGAUGGAGACGGUUGCCCAGGGCUGGCGUGGCUGAUUCACUUUGGAGAACCUCAUUCCAGUGAGACAACUGAGGUGUGAGAUGCAUUCCAACUCAGAUUUCCUGCUAUUAAAAAUCUUUAAUAAAGUGCGGUUGUAUUACACUGGUUGAAAUUGGUGCUAGGUCAUAUUGUAUAUAAAUCUACAAGGUGCUUUUCCAACUGUUUGAUGCAACUUAAUCUCAUGGCAUAUGUUCACGAUGUACUCCUUAGUUGAUGCAAAUAAAUCGGGUGUUUCUAACUGACGACACCUGGCACGUCA